UCUUAACGCGGCUGCCGGAGGGAAGGGAUUCUCUCUCUCUCUCUCUCUCUCUGCGGGUCUGCCGGAGGACGGAUCCACUCUCUACUGCAGUGCCCGGACCGAGAAGCGUCGGCCGACUGGACGAGAGCAGCAGCGACCGCCUGCCACCGGGAGACGGAGACGGAGACGGAGACGGAGACACGCGCUCAGACGGCCACGACAUGAAGACGGCCGUGUGGCUGCUGCUGCUGACGGUGACGGUAACCGCCGUCUCAGCCAGAGGCUACCGAUCGGGCGGAGGUCACGGCGGAGGUCACGGAGGUCACGGCGGAGGGCACAGCUACGGCAAAGGUCGCGGCAAGGGCGGCAAGUUCAACAUCGGCUCGCUGUUCUCCAAGAAGGGCCGCCUGUUCAGCGGCAUCAAGCACAAGAUCAGCGGCAUCACGCACAAGUUCAGCGGCCUCAAGCAGAAGCUGGGCGGCCUCGUAGGCGCCGUGAAGGCGCCGCUGGUGCUAAUCAAGGGAAAGCUGCUGCGCAAAGGAGGUCGCCUGCUUACUACCAAGGGACGGUUCCUCACCAGUUUGGCCAACAAGCUGACCAGCAAGUUCAACAAGGGCGGAGGGCACGGCGGGUACAGUGGAGGCCACAGCGGUGGAUACGGCGGAGCCGGUGGCGGGCACAUCUCCGUCCGGCCUUCGACCACCUACGGGGCGCCCUCUAGGCCCAGCAGCGGGUACGGGGCGCCCUCUAGGCCCAGCAGCGGGUACGGGGCGCCCUCUAGGCCCAGCAGCGGGUACGGGGCGCCCUCUAGGCCCAGCAGCGGGCACGGGGCGCCCUCUAGGCCUAGCAGCGGGUACGGGGCGCCCUCUAAGCCCAGCAACGACUACGGGGCGCCCUCUAGUGGAGGUCAUGGCGGCGGAUCCGGACACUCCUCCGGAGGUCACGGCGGCGGAUCCGGACACUCCUCCGGAGGUCACGGCGGCGGAUCCGGACACUCCUCCGCAGGUCACGGCGGCGGGUCGUCCGGUCACGACGGCCGCUCGCUCUCGGGCGGCUCGGUCUCCAGCUACUCGUCGUACGCCUAGGACAGAACAUGGAACAUGAAGUUCACACCAGGCAACACAACCGGCCUGCCCGUCUGGCAUCACCUGUCUGGAAGCCCUCACCUGGCAUCACUCGUCUGGCAGCUCUCUCAGUGUAGCCGGACGCUAUCCGGGCAACUCUCUGUCCGGAGAUUUAUUCCGUGCGACUCCGUCCGGAGACUCCCUACGUGCACCUCACUGGAGACGCAGUCCGGACAACUCUCUAUGUGUGUCCGGAACUUGCUGUCCGGAGGACACUGUCCGGAGCUCUCUGUCUGGACAGUCUGUCUGGAGAGUCUGUCUGUGGGACAGUCUGCCGCAUGUGACAGAUCGUGGCAGAGCAACCACAGAUCCGUGCUGUUUUCGACCUCACCACCUGUCGGGCUCCACCCGCCUACACACACAUCAAAUGCAGCGCCGACGACAAACCGUCUUCCACCAUCACGUUUAGAAGUGCCUGUGUAUGUAGUGUGUAGUAGGUUUUAUGACUCAGAUAAGAACAACCUCUAACAGUGUAUAUCUAUCAGCGCCAUUUUUACGUCAAUAUAUGCUCGGUGAUGCCGUUUGGGGCUGAAGGUAGAUAGAAUCGCGGUGUGAUUGGUGUAUUAGGUAGCAAAUGAGCUAAAGUGCAGCAAUAAUCAAACUCUGCGUCGCUCGUUCCCUGCCACCGUGUGAGCGUGUGUCCGGGCCCGGGACCGGUGGCUGCGGGUCGCCCAGUGACGUCACACCGGUGGCUGCGGGUCGCCCGGUGACGUCACACCGGUGGCUGCGGGUCGCCCGGUGACGUCACAUCGGUGGCUGCGGGCCGCCCGUUGACGUCACACCGGUGGCUGCGGGUCGCCCGGUGACGUCACACCGGCUCACGGUGCGGCCGGUCGUGUUCGGCCGCCGGCUGUUGCCGCCGCCGGGCGGCUCAACCACCAAUCGGUGAACAGAGCGCGCGUAAGGCCGGCGCUGAGACGUCAGUCCGACGCGUUAGGCCGCGUUAGGCCGGCGGUAACACGCGGCUGGUACGGGAUAACAGCGGUGUAACACACGCCAUGUUAACUCACUGUGAACAGGGUCCACAAAUAUAGAGACAGCGUCAUCGCGGCAGCCCACGGUAUUUGCCCCUGAGAGCAGUCGCCAAAUAAAUGUCAUCCGACA